GGAAGAAAUGCAGCUACUGAAUAGAUCAACAAAUACAAAGAUGGCCACUUUUAGCAUCUUAUCACUCGGAGUUUGCUUGUCUGUGGCUGCUUUACAGUUAUGGCAUCUCAAGACAUUCUUUGAACGCAAAAAGUUGCUCUGAUUUUUCUCCCACUCUCUACUUCUGAUAUAUUCUUUUCUAACAAAUUGCUUAUUAGUCCUUUUCUUUUCCUUUUUAAAAAUUCAAAAUUUAAUAAUAAUAAUAAUUUGGCUAUUAGAUGAAAGAGUUUAUGUUGGGCUGAAUUUACAGGGCAGUUGGGAACCAUUGUUAAAAUUUAAAUGAAAAUUUUCAAUUAGGGACAUUUUUAAACUAAGCUUUUGUCGGCCAAAGGUAACUCCAUUUCGGACAUCAACAUUCCUUAUAUUUCUACAUUACCAUACUAUGCCAUGUUCUUGUUUAAAGAUAACGUUUUUUUAGAUCUUUUUCCAAAAAAAUUAAAGCAAACUUAUUUACAAAUUCCUAUUUUUAAAUUAACGUUUUUAGACCACCAAAAAACAUAGAAAUGAAAUUUUGAUUGGCUUAAAUACUAUUUUGUAUUUUAGUUUUUAUUGUUUCAAAAGGUUUGGUUUCCUAAGAUCCUAUACUUUCAACUUUAAUUGAUUUUAAUUUUAUGUAUUCAAAAUAUUCGUUUUUAUUAUUAUAAUUUAAUUCUUAUUUAUUAUUCAAAAUGUUAGCUUUUAUCCUUAUAUUUUUAUUUUUAUCUAUUUUAUUUUUAAGAGAUUAAAAUGAUUGUUUUUUUUUUUUUAAUUCAAGAACUAAAUGAACAAAAUUAAAAGUAAAAUGAUGAAAAUAAACAUUUUAAAUAUACAGAAAUAAACAUUUUCAAUUUUGGUAUCAAGAUUAGUGGUGAGCAUUGAUCCAUUAAAGUCGGUUUGGUUUUUAUUGAACUUUCCUAAAGAUCAAACUUCUCCUCCUUUAGGUAUCGAGUGUCUAACUUGAUUUUUUCGGUAGAUCACAUUCGUACUAAUCAAGAUGACAAAAUCUAGAAGUAGAAGUAAGUAAUUUUGAAUUUUUUUUUAAUAGAAGAUUCCAUCUUCUUGGUAAUCACCCCCAGUGCCACCUCAAUCGAAGCAGAACAUGGAAAAGAUUAAAUUAAAGGAAAAGAUAAAAAAGAACAUGAGCUGUAUCGAUGAAAUGUAAUGGAAUCGAUCCCAAAUUUGGUGUUUUCGCAUUCCGCUCCGUUUUAUUUCUACAUUUGGUUUGAUCUUCAUCUUCAACAAUCAACCCACUUCCCAACAACGCACCGGCACGAACUUCAAUAGAGGAUUUCUUCAUGGCGGCCCAGCCCAGGGUCCUCACUGUGGCUCACGACGGCUGUGCAGAUUUCCGCACGGUUCAAGAAGCCAUAGACGCGGUUCCAUUCAGCAAUACUUGCCGCACUGUAAUCCGUGUGUCUCCUGGGAUUUACAAGCAGCCUCUAUAUGUACCCAAGACCAAAAAUUUCAUUACUUUCGCCGGUUUGAACCCUGAGACUACUAUUCUCACUUGGGACAAUACUGCCACCGAAAUUAAACACCACCAAGCUGCUCGUGUCAUUGGAACUGGGACUUUUGGUUGUGGAAGUACAAUUGUGGAAGGAGAGGAUUUCAUUGCUGAGAAUAUCACGUUUGAGAAUUCUUCCCCUCAAGGUUCUGGACAAGCUGUGGCUAUCAGAGUUACAGCAGAUCGUUGUGCCUUUUACAAUUGCAGGUUUCUUGGUUGGCAGGAUACUCUGUACCUACAUUAUGGAAGACAGUAUUUGAAGGAUUGUUACAUCGAAGGAAGUGUGGACUUCAUAUUUGGCAACAGCACUGCUUUGUUGGAGCAUUGUCAUGUCCACUGCAAGUCGAAAGGCUUUAUUACUGCACAGAGCAGAAAAUCUUCUCAAGAGACGACAGGUUACGUGUUCUUGAGGUGUGUGAUCACAGGCAGUGGCGAGACUUCUUACGUUCAUCUCGGGCGACCAUGGGGACCAUUUGCAAGGGUGGUAUUUGCUUACACACACAUGGAUGUAUGUAUCAAACCAACAGGCUGGGACAACUGGGGGAAAGCUGAAAACGAGAGAACUGCUUGCUUCUACGAGUACAAGUGUUUCGGGCCAGGGAGUUGCUCAAUGAAAAGGGUGUGUUGGGCAAGAGAAUUAUUGGAUGAAGAAGCUGACGAGUUCAUUCUGCAUCGAUUUAUCGAUCCCGACGUGGAUAGGCCUUGGCUAUGCCAGAGGAUGGCACUGAGGAUUCCUUUUUCUGCUUAAGAAUAUGGGAUCAUUUUAAAGCUUUCAAAACAGAAAUCAGCAAAACCGUCAAGGUUUGAAAGUUAAUUCACCAGUUGAAAAGUAGCUCAUGUAUUCACGACUUUUUAUAUCACUAUUUUCUCUCUCUCUCUCUCUAUCUAUAUAUCUAUUAGCUCAUGUGUUACAUGAAAUUUCAUACCAUCAAUUUUGUAUAAAUUUGUAUUAAAGAUGGAGUGAUUUGUGGUUAAAUGAUGACGUAGUUUGAUAA